AUGAGCAAACGCAAGGAUGACCACGAAUUAUCUGCAAGAGAUAAAAAAAGGGCUAAGACUAGGGCUGCAAGAACGAUAGACACUUUUGGUGGCGGUGGUAGUCGUGACAUUAAUGUCGCUAACUAUGCACCAAGAACCAUUAAUGUAGUAGAUUUUGCAGAGGCCAGAGCUUUCGAAAUUAAUGCAAUGAAUGAUGCUUUGGAACGUGCAAGGCAAACAAGGAAUACUAAUGCGAUCCAAUGUCUUCCUCGUCACCUUCGGCGACGAGCUGCAAGUCAUAAUGUUAAACGUCUACCAGUUCGUUUAAGGAAGCAGGCUACCGAGGAGAUAUUAAAAGAUAAUACCGCACCCAAGAAACCAAGCAGGCGCAAAAAAAGGCGCCCCGGCUCAUUGGCCGAUGAAUACAAGCGAAGACAAGGUACAAAAAGGUGGCUAGAAACCCAUAUCUGGCAUGCCAAGAGAAUGAAAAUGACCGAGUUAUGGGGUCAUAAGCUGGCAGAAUAUCCAAAUGAGAAAAGUAUUAAAUCCUCAUAUAGAGCAAGCCAACGUCUUUCUAUUAUUCAUGAUGCGUCUUAUUUCGGAUGGAUUCAGAUAUCUGGAAGUCAAAAC